AUGGCGAAAGUGAAAUCUUUCUCCGUUUUAUUGAUCUCUUUGAUUUUCCUUGUCGUGACGACGGUCGUAAGUGCAGCUAGUGUGGCCCACGAGAUGGGGUUUUUCCCAAUGACAAUGUCUUCAACACCGAUCUGUGAUGGUUCGAUAGGGGAGUGUUUGGCUGAUGAUUCGGAAGAGUUUUCGAUGGAUUCCGAGAGCAACAGGCGCAUGUUAGCAUACCGUAGGAGAUACAUUAGCUAUGGUGCGCUCAGUAGGAACAGAGUUCCAUGUUCAAGGAGAGGUGCUUCUUACUACAAUUGCCGACCUGGAGCUCAGGCUAACCCUUACCGACGUGGAUGCAGUGCCAUCACUCGCUGCCGUCGUUGA